CCCCUCCCCUCAAUGCCAUAGUGCUAUCGCUCUCGGCAGAGGGGCAGCUAUUCUUAGGCUGUCUGUCCAGCUCAUCCGAGCAGGCAAAAAUCCUCUUCCUCUGGCUGAUAUCUCUUCUCUGUUGCUCCAGUUAUUUUGCAUUGUAUUCAGAGGCUGUUUGGCACGUGCCCCGCCCCCUCCCAAAUCCAUUUUCCCCAUCCAUUUGGAGAAAUUCUGUUGCUUAAACAAUACACAGGCUUUUUUGAACAAUGAGUUCUUACAACGUGUCACUCGCUGGACCAUCACCUUGGGGCUUCCGGUUGCAAGGAGGCAAGGACUUCAACAUGCCCCUCACCGUUUCUAGGAUUACACCAGGGAGCAAGGCAGCCUCCAGCAACCUGAAUCAGGGUGACAUCAUCGUGGCCAUUGAUGGGGUCAGCACAGAGGGGAUGACACACCUGGAGGCCCAAAACAAGAUCAAGUCUGCCAACUUCAAUCUGGCCCUCACCAUGCAAAAGUCAAAGCGACCCACCCCUGUUCCCAUGACAACACCAAGGAUUGACUCCCCUAUGACUGUGAUCCCCCAUCAGAAGGUUAUUACCCACACUCCUGCCAACAAUGAGUACCUGUCCAGCUUCAAUCCUAUAGCUCUGAAGGACUCUGCCCUGUCCACCAAUAAGCCCAUUGAGGUGAAGGGGCCUGGAGGCAAGGCCACCAUCAUCCAUGCCCAGUACAACACCCCCAUCAGCAUGUACUCCCAGGAUGCUAUUAUGGAUGCCAUUGCUGGCCAAUCCCAGGCCAGGGGUAGCGAGAUGUCCGGUAAUCUGCCAGUUAAAGACCAUGUUAUAGACAGUGCUUCCCCAGUGUAUCAGGCCGUCAUUCCCAGUGAAACCAAUGAACUGGGUCCCUCUGAUUGGACUAAAAGAGCCGCCCAGCUGCAGUCCAAGUCCUUCCGCAUCCUCGCCCACAUUACUGGAACUGAAUACAUGCAAGACCCUGAUGAGGAAGCUCUGAGAAAAUCAAGGGAAAUGUUUGAAUCUGAAGCCAAAGGCCCUCGUUUCGCUAAACUGAAAAACUGGCACCAUGGCCUGUCGGCACAAAUACUUAAUGUGCCUCAUCAGUUUCUGACAUCACUGCAACCUAACCUUGUAUCUAGUACUCCUGCUGAGCAUGCUCCAGUUUCCACCAGCAUUGCAUCUGUAUGUGCACCUAUUAUCGCUGCUUCGCCCAAUGAGCUCCUUUCGGAGCCGCAGAUAGUCAAUCAGGCACCUGAGCCUGAUGCGGAGCAGAUUCCUGAGCAAACCACUGUAAGCAGCUUCAACUUGCAGACAUCUAUGGGUUACACUUCUCAGUACAAAACCUCCAUCUCCAGUCCUUAUGCCCAGCCUCAACCUAUGCAUCAGCAACCACCCAUGCAUCAGCAACCACCCAUGCAGCAGCCGCCACCCAUGCAGCACAGCUCCAUCCAGAUCCCUGUAGGUCCACCUCCACCUAAAGUGGUCAGCACUGCCACCAUUAUGCCCACAGCCUAUCCAGCCGGCCCAGCACCAGCUCCUCCAAUGGUUUACAAACCUGCUCCACCUCCACCUGCUCCUGUCGCAGCUCCAGCGUCUUCCAACAGGCCUCCUUGGGUUACUGAUGAGAACUUUGCCCAUAAAUUUGACCCUAGCAAACCCACCACCACCACACAUAUCAAAGUGCAGCCUCUUCCUCAGGCGGCACCACCACCACCAGCCUACAUCCCCAACCCAGUCCCUGCUCCUGUUGCACCCAGCCCUGCAUUCAACCCUUCCCCUGCUCCGUUCAGCCCCGCUCCCUUCCCACCUGUGGCUCGUGGAGUUGCUCAAAGGGCAGAGCGGUUUGCAGCCAGCAACAGAACACCUCUGUGUGGAUCCUGCAACAACAUCAUCAGGGGACCAUUCCUGGUGGCAUUGGGUCGUUCCUGGCAUCCAGAGGAGUUCAACUGCCAUUAUUGCCACACGUCUCUGGCUGAUGUCAGCUUUGUGGAGGAGCAGAAUAAUGUUUACUGUGAGAACUGCUACGGAGAGUUCUUUGCACCUACCUGUGCCCGCUGCAACACCAAGAUCAUGGGAGAAGUGAUGCAUGCACUGCGGCAGACCUGGCACACCACUUGCUUUGUGUGUGCGGCUUGUGGAAAGCCCUUUGGAAACAGCCUCUUUCAUAUGGAGGAUGGUGAGCCGUAUUGUGAGAAAGAUUAUAUUGCACUCUUCAGCACAAAGUGCCAUGGAUGUGACUUUCCAGUUGAGGCAGGAGACAAAUUUAUUGAAGCUCUUGGCCACACAUGGCAUGAUACCUGCUUUGUUUGUGCGGUGUGCCAUGUGAACCUGGAAGGACAACCGUUUUACUCCAAGAAGGACAAGCCCUUAUGCAAGAAGCAUGCACAUGCCAUCAAUGUGUAGAUGCUUCAACGGUGCAUCAAAAGCUGUCAGUGAAGGAACUAAAUGCAAUUAAUGUAACAUCUGCAUGUGUGGUUUUAUGGCAAGACAUUGGUGCCAAUCCAAAUGACACAAAAACUAAUAAAAAGACAUACAGUAUAUCAUUUAUUAAACAGAAUAUUAGUAAACGAUGACUGAAUGAUACAUAAACUAGGUGCUUUGACAAUUUUUUAAUCCAAACCCAAUGUUGCACAUAGAGUAUGGGUUAUUUUAGGUCAUUCUUUUAUUAUAUCCUGAAUACAUUUGCAUACAUGCACUUGUAUGCCUGAUAUAUAUUAAUUUAAGAGAUACAUUUUCACUUUUUUUUUUUUUUUUUUUUGAUUUAGUGAAUUUAUACAACAUACAAUUUUUUUUUUUUAAACCUUUUUUUUUAAUGAAUAGGUUAUACACAGAUGUUGAAGAUUGCCUGCAUAUGUAGUUGCACAUGACCAGACAUAGUCUUUGAUCUCAUAAAUCAUGUAUAAACCAGAAACAGCCUGAAAAACGUCUAUGCAUUUUUAUUAUGCCUUAAACUCUAAAGUAAACCUAAAUGUUUUUAUUGCAUUUGUUUUUAGAAACAAUAAUGAGGCCUAUAGAUCCCUGACUUGCAAAUCGAUCACAAAAAGAUGUUAAAAAGAUUUGUUGAAUGUUUUUUUGUGCAGUCUUUUUAAUGCUGAAUGGGUGAUACAGUCAAACCAAAAUGUAUUCAGACACCUUGAACAUUUUAUUCAUUAAUACAGUUUAUUCACUGUAGUUUAAAAAAAUGGUAAUAAAAUAUGACAGUUAAACUGUGUCAGAAAAAAAUCAUCUUAAGUAUGUCAUAUAACAUUGAAGUAAAACAUGGUCAGGUCAAAGUGUCUGAAUAGUUUUUGUUUCCACAUUUUUAUGAAUUUUACUGGUAUAAAGAAUUUUUGGGUAUAAUAUGUCACAGUUUACUUUAUUUUGCUAUCCUCACUUACAUAAAUGAACUAUAGUGUCCUGAACCCACUAGUAAAAAUCUAUCAAAAAUGUCUGAAUAAUUUUGGUUUGACUGUAUAUGUGUUACUAAUUUUAUUUAUUUGAGUUUUUAGUGUGUGUAAGCAUGCAAGGGAGUUAAUUGAUCCAUUUGUGAUGUCAACAUUAGCAUUAAGUUGUCAAUGGUUUCAUCAAACAAUUUUAAGAAAAUACCGUACACAGGGCAUCUGAAAAGGUAACACAGUAUGUGCUGUAUAAUGUCCAGCUCUCAAGGCUUAACAGAGUAUUUUAAACUGGUCAUGUUUGGCCUUGUCACCUAUGAUAGUUCCUUUUUUCUGUUAUUUAUUGCGUGCUAAACCUCAACAUUUACACACUCUUUGCAAAUGGUGUACUCUUCUGAUUUUGCAUAGAUAAUUAACUUUUUUCUUUGCCAAGAGUGGGGGAUUGUUAAUUUAAUUUAAUUUUUAAGACAGAGCCACAUACACAGAGGACUCGAGUUGUAUUCUUAAUUUGUUCCUUAAAAUGAAUGACGAAUGUAGUACCUGAGACUUUGUUCUUUUUAUUCUCUGUGGGUAGAUGCUACCCAACUCUGACAUGCAACUGUAGGGUUACAGUAAAGGUUUUGUUUCGUGCCACAUGACUAUUAAAGAACAAGGUCAAAUUGUGA